AUGAUUCCCGGUAUGCUCGUCGAGAUCCAUCGUGUUUACGACUUCGUAACCGAUAUUAUGGAGGUCACAAACUUAACCUAUCCUUGCAUAGGCCCAACUUUCACCGGACUCGACAUGUUGGUCACGGUAGAUCCUGCUAACAUCCACUACAUCAUGAGCUCAAACUUCGCAAACUACCCGAAAGGACCUGAGUUCAAGAAGCUAUUCGACGUUUUGGGAGAUGGGAUUUUCAAUGCGGACUCGGAGCUGUGGAAGGAUCUGAGGAAAUCAGCUCAAAGCAUGAUGAUGAAUCCCGAGUUUCAAAGGUUUUCAUUAGCUACAAGCUUGAAUAAGCUAAAGAAUGGGCUUGUCCCACUUCUUGACCAUGUAGCUAAAGAGAAACUCGAUGUGGACUUACAAGAUAUGUUCCAAAGAUUCACGUUCGACACCACGUGUGUUUUAUCGACCGGAUAUGAUCCAGGUUGUCUCUCGGUUGAAAUGCCGGAAGUCGAGUUUGCAAGAGCUUUAGACGAUGCAGAGGAAGCGAUAUUCUUCAGGCAUAUCAAGCCGGAGAUCUUGUGGAAGAUGCAAAGCUUGAUUGGGUUAGGAGAUGAGAAGAAGAUGACGAAAGCUCGCGAGACUUUCGAUCGUGUUUGCUCCAAGUACAUAGCUUCAAAGAGAGAGGAGAUAAGCCGUGGGAUCAACAAUGAUGAUUCUCCUUCUCAAGAUUUGCUGACGUCUUACAUGAACUUGGACACGACCAAGUACAAGCUGUUGAAUCCGAGUGACGGCAGAUUCCUUAGAGACACGAUCUUGACCUUCAUGUUAGCGGGAAGAGACACAACAGGAUCUGGACUCACUUGGCUCUUCUGGCUUCUAUUAAUAAAUCCAGAAGCGAUGGCUAGGAUUCGUCAAGAAAUCAACACAGAUGAUGAUUUUGACUCAAGCAAUCCCCAAGAGUUAAAGAAGUUGGUUUAUCUACACGGAGCGAUUUGUGAAGCCCUAAGACUCUAUCCACCUGUUCCCUUUCAGCACAAGUCUCCAACUAAAUCCGAUGUUCUUCCCAGUGGACACAAAGUUGACGCCAACUCGAAGAUUUUGUUCUGUCUUUACUCAUUAGGGAGGAUGAAAUCGGUUUGGGGAGAGGAUGCGUUGGAAUUUAAACCGGAGAGGUGGAUUUCUGAGAGCGGGAAGCCGGUACAUGAGCCAUCUUAUAAGUUUUUAUCGUUUAACGCUGGUCCAAGAACUUGUUUGGGGAAAGAAGUGGCUUUGAUGCAAAUGAAGUCAGUGGCUGUGGAGAUUAUACAAAACUAUGAGAUGAAGGUCGUUGAAGGGCAACAGAUUGAGCCAGCUCCUUCUGUUAUUCUCCACAUGAAGCGUGGUCUUAAAGUCACAGUUACUAAGAGAUGUUUGGUCUGA